CGGGACUAGGGUGACCCUAACUGGAUCCGAUUCUCCUUUCUGCCUAUCACAGUCACGGUUGUCUCUCCUCGCAUCCACUCCCUCCCACUUUUGCCGUCUAGUCGGAAGGGGUCGGGAGUGUGAGCAGCAAGGCGAGCGGUUUUUGUUUACUAUUGACGGUUUUUGUUCUGGAGGUGUCCCCGAACCUGGAGAAAUUGAGGGGAUAUUGUCACCCUUUUCCCAUCAAGUUCACCGGUGAGCAGGGAAAAGCGUUCAUGACUUCCCUACACGGGGGCAAACGAGGGGAAAUGCGGAGGACGACGUCAGAGGCAUGGAUAUGUCUCAUUGUCGUCAUAAUAAAUUUCAAGAAACUUCUACGCAGUGUAUGGUCGAUUAUGACGCUGUAACCAGCAGUCCUGCGACCGGCCCUGAAGACAAUAGAUUUUCAAUAUGGGGAUUGUCUCGCAUGCGGCCAAGUGGUCAGUUCUUCUCUCUGCGCUCUGGCCCCUGCAAUGCCGACCGAGAGAAAUGAACCCCCGGGACCGACUCCCUGGACCACAGAACGGCGACCAUCCCGACCGAGCCGAGUUCGCGUCAGUGGCGUUGGGAAGGCGUCGCUCUCCUAGUGGACUUGGAAACUGCCCACUAGCCAGUGAACCACACGUUGUGGAUGGAUGUCUUAGCACCUCGUCUCCAUGUCUUUUCUGAGAAGGCGAUCGUCAUCGCUCUAUAUCCAUGUUUCUCCGUAUUCCGUACAGGCUGCCCCAUGGCACGGUUGCGCUCGACGGAGCAAUGAUACUACGACACGCGAUCGGAAUCCAUCCACUUUGCUUCCAGAGAGGAAACCAUGUAAAUAGAUUACUCCAGAUGAAGAUAUGUCUGUCCCAGGGGUUGGAGAUCGGUCUGUUGCCGAAUUCAUGUUGCAUUCCCGGGUCGGCAUAUUGACAAGAAGCCGGCAAAACACAUAUCCCGCUGUUGCUGUGGAUCACGUGUUCGGCUACCAGCCGCGCCCAAUGGGGAAGGAGACGGUCAUGUGAUCGUUUGUCUGCCUAAGCUGUCAACAAUAGUUUGGUCACGACAUGGAGGUAUUUUGGACCUGG